CUCACUGAUGUCUAUGGCCCGGCUAAGCACUACUACAUUCGCGACAAUUUGCAGAUCGUUGUUCUUGACGCCAAUCGUCACCGCUCUAAAUGUUAUCAUCUUCGUCACUGAAGCUUUCAGUGACAAGAAGCUCCAGCAUGGGAUCAAUAUUGAUGCAUUGUCAUUCACUCAUUCACAUAUCCCUUCUGUCGACGUGAACUAUCCAGGACCCCACAUCCAUCGCCUGCCAGUGGAACUUCUACAACACAUAUUCUUGCUCGUCAUGAAUGACGUGCCAGACUGUCCUAGUAUCUUCUUAUAUGGUGCCACCACAAUCUCUGCCAAUUUUGCCAACCCUCCCCUAGUCUUUACCCGGGUGUGCUGCCUUUGGCGAGCCAUCGCACUUUCAACGACAAGGCUCUGGUCGCGCAUCCAUGUCAUGCUUCCCGGGUUACGCCAUGAAUUCCGUCCACUCCUGCCACAUCUGCUCCAGUGUUGGCUUGCCUGUUCUGGCUGUCAGCCACUCACCCUUCGCAUCUGCAAACCCACAUACUCUCGAUUAAAUUUGCAACAGUGCUACCUAGAUGCAGAUGCUCAACUGCUCAGGAUCCUCCUUUCUGCGCGCGAUCGUUGGGAAAGUGUAACUUUUAAGUAUCCCAUACACGACGCGUGGCGGUACCAAAGGAAUGACGAGAUCAGUGCACCUCAGUUGAGAACCUUGGGGUGUCACUGGUCGGAUAUCACCACAUUUGAUGCACCAAAUCUCUCUCACCUACACAUCAUUGGUCUGGAUAUUUUUUUCCUCGAAUUCAAACGCGGCAAAGACACUCAUCAUCUUUACUUCAAGAACACACACAGCCGGGCAUCAUCACCAUGGAUUUUCCCUACCCCUGCCUGCAACAAUGUCCGUAAUCUUCGCCUCCAGAUAGGUUCCGCCCAUAUCAUACACUUCACUGCAGUGAUUUUCCCUCGUCUGGAGACAAUCGUGGUGGAUGAAAUUUCAUCAAAAUCUAGCGCAAGGGACGACUCGCCGGUCACACAUUCUUCCCUUGAAUCAAUGACACUCCCCCUAAUCCUAGAUCACGACCGCCAGUUUCUUCCGAUUUUCAACAGCCGGCAUUAUUUUAUGAUUUUUAUCGAGAUAUUCAACGGAUUUCAUCUUCCCAUGCUACAGAAAUUGACUGUAGUGGGAGUACCAAACAAACCGGAAGUUGAUUGUAUUAUGGCGGCACUAGCAGUUGCACAUUGCCACGUGCAGGUAAUAGACUUUCAAGUGCCGCCGACCGAGGUUGACGUAUCGGGUACAGCUGUUGAGCCGUUACUGUCGGUUGCGAAGGAGGUUACUGUCUGUGGAGUGCUGUAUUCCCGUUCCCCGUGCAAUUCGUACAAACCUUGUUUGAUCUAGGUAGAUGAAGCAAGGCUUCCAUGCUGAAAUGCGAUUCAGAUCUCGAC